AUGGCCACUUACUCUCAUUUCCUAGACUUACCAUCAGAGCUCCAGGUUAAAAUACUGAGCUCUUUAGAUCCAGAAGGCAUCGUCUCUGUACGGCAGACUUGCAAACACCUCCGCGAUGUCGAGAAGACUUUUCAUGAUGCGAUUUGGAAGGGCUGUCUGACGCAAAUGACCCUCAAGCAUCCCUUGUUUCCUCCCACUUUCCAGACCCCGAUCUCUUCGAAAUGCCUCGAGUCCAUAGCCCGAAGGGUAUCAUGUUUGGAGCCCACGUUCCUUCAAUACCGUAAUGGCCACCAGUCACGGAGCGAGCUCCAGCCGGUUCCCAGUUUCCAAUGGGACAUUUGGCACGACCAUCUGGUCGAUGUGGAGAUUGACGAAGUCUACCUCCUCCCGGGCGGCCGAUUCCUUCUGAUUGUCACAGAAUUGUGGCUUCAAGUCUGGGACCUAGCGCCAUUCCUCGAGAGCCAUGAAGCUCCGGCCUUUAUCAAAAGGUUCCCCGUUCCCCUUUCCCCUACAUCCACGGUAAUGGCCACAAGCGAUGGCGAUGCUGCAACGGUUCAAAUCUUAUUGGCUUUUGAGGACUUUGAACUUGAGGAUGACGAUGGGUAUCCAACCAAUGCGCCUACUGUCGAACUGCGAAGGCGUUUCCAGUGUCACCUGGAAGAUUCGGACGAGGAAUGGUGGUCGGUAUUCGUGAUGUACGAACUCCGUUUCUCGGGAAAGGAGCCUCAGUUGACCAAGCUGGGGGAUAUCGGGCUUAUUCGAGAUCUGGACUCCCAAGCUGAACUGGACGACCUGAACAUCCUCACUGACAAUCGAGCUCUGUUAUUUGUGGAUGGCUCCAUGGUUGUGUGGGACUUCAAAAACCAUUCCUACCAUGCCUGGCGAGUGACGGAACGAGAAUAUGACCCUCAGGACAUUACAGUAUUCACUUCGCAGGGCAUCGUCUUUUACCGCCAGAAAGGCGAGCUUGUUAUGUUUGAGAUACCCCCGCUUACUCCCAUUCAGGAUGCAAAUCGCAAGCCCCAGAUACUGCGGAUUUCCUCCAUUCCUUUUUCGCCAUACUCCUCUCAUAUCAUCCGUUUACCCCUCAGGCACGAUCGCCUCACCUUCGACUCGAGCAUGGAGCCUUACUCGGAGUCGAAAGCUACAUGGGGCCUCAAGGACAGCGACAAUAUCGUUUUCUCAGUUCACGAUUUCGACCGUAACGACACCAUCACGACUUGGUAUGGUCUUCUGGAUGCCGCCCACCCUCGCACAAGCACGGUCAAGGCUUUAGGGCGAGAAAAGGUCGGUUAUCACGACGAGAGCGCAUACAUAAGGACUAUCAAGCGGGACUAUGACAGCCGGGAACUUGUGGCCUCUUUGUGUCAACACCCUCGGCUGGGGAGCAAGCAUGUUUGGGAUGUUUCCGUUUUCGCUUGCCUCUCCUCUCGCUACAGCGUCACUCAGGAAGAUUCAUCUCUGGAAAUUAAACCAUUGUAUCCAAUUCGACUGGCGGAUGUUCCAUCGGAAACCUGUACCUUCGACUUCGACCCGUUUUCCGGAAUUUUAGUUGCAGCGGGAUAUGGCUCUGUUCGAGUUAUUGAUAUCGCACGACCGUCCUUACCUUCUUCGUCUCUUGACUGA